CACGUGAAAAUUUGGGGGGUUGUUGGCUUGUUUGUUGAUUUCUCGAAGAAAAGCUGUCUAGUCAUGUCUGAUUUAGUAGUUUUCUAGUUCAAUGAAUUGUAUUCAAUAUGGACGACUGGCAAAUUUGCCCACGAUGUAAGACCACCAAGUACCGAAAUCCGAAAUUGAAGUUGUUGGUGAAUGUUUGCGGGCACAAACUGUAAGUCCUCAAGUCAUAAAAUGUUCUGUCGGGGUCGAUAACAUUGUACUGAGAAAAUAUACUCCUGGAACAAAAGAAAAGAAUAUAGGAUUCCAGCUUAGUUUCUUUAAUUGUAUUCUAAAGGUUUUCUUGAUUUGUAACCAGUUCAUGCAGAUCUCACAUUGCCAAACUUAUUUAUGUAUUUGGUCUCCUGAGAUCUAUUUAUGUGAACUCAAAGUAUUACAAAACAGGAGAGGGUCUCAGCCCUCAAAAACAUCAAGACAAUGUUGUUGUAUAAGGUGCGGCAAAUUAGGGAGUAUUCAUCCUUCGCUAAGUGGAUGAGUCCUUUUAUAUGCAAGACUUAACAGCACCACACUGUUCCAUCACACUUUUCAACUAUUCCAUAUACUGUACCACUGUUCACACAUACUAUUCCGCACUACUCACACUGGUCCAUUACACUGUCCCUCUGUUCCACCAUACUGUUCCAAUGUUCCACCACACUGUUCAACACUGCUCAGACUGUUCCAUCACACCAUUCCUCUGUUCCACCACACUGUUCCGCUGUUCACUACACUCUUCCUCUGUUCCACCACACUGUUCCACCACACUGUUCCAAUGUUCCACCUCACUGUUCCAUUGUUGCACACUUCCACUGUUCCCCAUUGUUCCACGAAACUGUUCCAUACUCUUCCACACUGUUCCUUCACGCUGUUCCACCACACUGUUCCACACAUUCCACCGCAUUGUUCCACACUGUUCCCCACUGUUCCACUGUUCCACCAUACUGUUCCACUGUUCCACCAUACUGUUCCAUACUGUUGCACACUGUUCCACUGCUCCACUGUACUGUUCCACUGUUCCACCAGACUGUUUCCACACUGUUUCACUGUUCCACACCUCCACUCUUCCACCAUACUGUUCAAUAGUGUUCCACCAUACUCUUUCACAUUGUUUGACCACACUGCUCCCCUGUUCCACCACACUGUUCUACUGUUCCACCACACAUUGCCACACUCUUCCACUUUUCCACCAUACAGUUCCAUACUGUUCCACACUGUUCCAAUGUUCCACCACACUGCUCACACUGUUCCACUGUUCCACUGUUCCACCAUACUGUUUCACUGUUCCACCAAACUGUCCCUCUGGUCCACCAUACCAUUUCCCUGUUCUACCAUACUGUUCUACUGUUCCACUAACUGUUCCAACGUACUGUUCCAUACUGUGAAACCACACUGCGCCAUACUGUUCCACCAUACUGUUCCUUUGUUCCACUAUUCUGUUCCACCGUUCCACCAUACUGGUUCACUGUUCAACCACACUGCUCACACCGUUGCACCACACUGUUCUACUGUUCCACCACACUGUUCCACUGUUCCACCAUCCUGCUCCACACUGUCCCCCACACUGUACCACACUGUUCCACCAUGCUGUUGCACUCUGUUCUGCUACACUGCUCCACUAACUUACUGUGCCACCAUACUGUUCCACCGUACUGUUCCACACUGUUCAACCACACUGUGCCAUACUGUUCCACCAUACUGUUCCAUUGUUCCACCAUUCUGUUCCACUAUUCCACCACACUCUUCCACUAUUCCACCACAUUGUUCCACACUGUUCCACUGUUCCACGAUACUGUUCCACACUGUUCCACUACACUGUGCCACACUGUUCCACCAUGCUGUUCCACACUGUCCUACUACACUGCUCCACUGUGCCACCAUACUGUUCCAUACUGUGUCUUACUGCUCCACUGUUCCACCAUGCUUUUCCACACUGUUCUACCACACUGCUCACACUGUUGCACUACACUGUUCCACUGUUUCACCAUAAUGGUCCACACUGUGCCACACUGUUCCACUGUUCCACCAUGCUGUUCUGCAUUGUUCCAUGAUGCUGUUCCACUGUUCCACCACCAUGCUGUUCCACUGAUCCACUGUUCCACCAUACUGUUCCAACUUUUCACCAUACUGUUCCACACUGUUCUACCACACUCUGCCACAAUGUUGCACUGUUCCACCAUGCUGUUCUACACUGUUCCACUACGCUGUUCCCCUGUUUCACCACACUGUUCCACACUGUUCUACCACACUGUUCCACACUGUUCUACCACACUGUUUCACUGUUCCACCAUACUGUUCUACUGUUCCACCAUACUGUUCUACUGUUCCAUUAUACUGUUCCCCACUGUUCCACCACACUGUACACUGUUCCACUGUUCCAUGGUUCCACCAUCCUGUUCCACACUGUUCUACCAUACUGUGCCACACUGUUCCACUGUUCCACCAUGCUGUUCUACACUGUUCCACCACGCUGUUCCCUUGUUUCACCACACUGUUCCGCACUGUUCCACCACACUGUUUCACUAUUCCACCAAACUGUUCCACUGUUCCACCGUACUCUUCCACACUGUUCCACAGUUCCAUCAUGCGAUUUCCCUGUUCCACGACACUGUGCCACCUCACUGUUCCAAUGUUCCACCAUACUGUUCCACUGUUCCACUACACUGCUCCCCACUGUUCCACUGUUCAACACUGUUCUACCACACUCUGUUACAAUGUUCCACUGUUCCACCAUGCUGUUCUACACUGUUCCACUACGCUGUUCCCCUGUUGCACCACACUGUUCCACACGUUCUGCCACAGUUUCACUGUUCCAUCACGCUGUUCCACUGUUCCACUGUACUGUUCCACGGUUCCACCAUACUGUUCCUCACUGUUCCACCAUGCUAUACCCCAGCUCCACCACACUGUUCCACUGUUCCAACAUACUGUUCUACCAUACUGUUCCACAUUGUUUUACCAUACUGUUCCACCACACUGUGCCACACUGUUCCACUGUUCCACCAUGCUGUUCUACACUGUUCCACUGUUCCACCGUACUGUUCUACUGUUCCCCCGUACUGUUCCACUCUGUUCUACCAUACUGUCCCACACUGUUCCACCACACCCGGCAACACUGUUCCACUUUUCCACCAUGCUCUUCCCUGUUCCACCACACUGUUCCACACCAUUCCACUGCACUGUUUCACUGUUCCACCACACUGUUCCACUGUUCCACGGUACUGUUCAACACUGUUCCACCAUACUGUUCCAUACUGUUCCACACUGUUCCACCACACCGUGCCACACUGUUUCACUGUUCCACUGUUCCACUGUUGCACUAUGCUGUUCUACACUAUUCCACCACACUGUUCCGCACACACUGUUUCACUGUUCCACCAUACUGUUCUACUGUUCCACCGCACUGUUCCACACUCUUUCACCACGCUGUGCCACACUGUCCCACUGUUCCAUCAUGCUGUUCCCCUGUUCCAACACACUGUUCCACACUGUUCCACCACACUGUGCCAUACUGUUCCAAUGUUCCACCAUGCUGUUCCCGUGUUCCACCACACUGUUCCACUACACUGUUCCAAUGUUCCACCAUACUGUACCACUUCCACUGUUCCACUACACUGUUCCACACUGUUCCACUGUUUCACCAUACUUUUCCACACUAUUCCACUGUUCCUCCACAGCCUGCCACACUGUUCCAUUGUUCCACCAUGCUUUUCCACACUGUUUCACCACACUGCUCACACUGUUGCACCACACUGUUCCACUGUUCCACCAUACUGUUCCACUGUUUCACUGUUCCACUGUUCUACACUGUUCCACCAUGUUCCACAGUGUUCCACCCUGCUAUUAUUGACUGUUCUAUCACACUUUUUCACUGUUCCACCACAUGUUGUUACACUGUUCCACUAUUCCACCAUACUGUUCCACACUGUUCUACCACCCUGUCCCACUGUCCCAUCAUACUGUUCCACUGUUACACCAUACUGUUUCACUGUUCCACCAUGCUGUUCCACACUGUUCCACUACAGUGUGCCACACUGUGCCACGCUGUUCCACUGUUCCACCAUACUGUUCUACUGUUCCACCAUACUGUUCCACACUGUUCCACCAUACGGUCCCACACUGUUCCAUACUGUUCCACUCACUGUUCCACUGCAGUUUCACUGUUCCACCAUACUGUUCCACUUUUUCACCGUACUGUUCCACACUGUUCCACCAUACUGUUCCACACUGUUCUGGCCACUGUUCUACCAUGCUGUGCUACACUGUUCCACCAUGCUGUUUCCCUGUUCCACCAUACUUUUCCAAUUUUCCACCACACUGUUCCACACUGUUCCACCACACUAUGCCACACUGUUUCACUGUUCCAUCAUGCUGUUCUGCACUGUUCCGCCACAUUGUUUCUCUGUUCCAUUACACUGUUCAACACUGUUCCACCCUACUGUUCCACUGUUCCACUGUUAUACACUGUUCCACCAUGUUCCACAGUGUUCCACCCUGCUAUUCUUGACUGUUCUAUCACACUUUUUCUCUGUUCCACCACAUGUUGUUACACUGUUCCACUAUUCCACCAUACUGUUCCAUACUGUUCCACACUGUUCUACCACACUGUUCCACUGUCCCAUCAUACUGUUCCACUGUUACACCAUACUGUUUCACUGUUCCACCAUGCUGUACCACACUGUUCCACCACAGUGUGCCACACUGUGCCACACUGUUCCACUGGUCCACCAUGCUGUUCCACACUGUCCCACCAUACUGUUUCCUUAUUCCACCACACUGUUCCACCACACUUUUCCACUCUUCCACUAUACUGUUCCACUGUUCCACCGUACUGUUCCACUGUUUCAUUCCACCGUACUUUUCUACUGUUCCACCAUACUGUUCCUCUGUUUCACCCUAAUAUUCCUCACUGUUCCACCAUACUGUUCCAGACUGUGCCACUUUUCCACCAUGCCUUUCUACUGCUGCAUGCUGUCCCACUGUUCCACCACUCUGCUCACACUGUUGCACCACACUGUUCCACUGUUCCACCAUACUGCUCCACACUGUUCCACCACAGUGUGCCACACUUUUCCACCACACUGUUCCACUGCUCCACAGUACUGUUCCACACUCUUCAACCACACUGUGCCACACUGUUCCACUGUUCCACCAUGCUUUUCCACACUGUUCCACCACACUGCUCACACUGUUGCACCACACUGUUCCACUGUUCCACCAUACUGUUCCACCACACUGUGCCACACUGUUCCACCACACUGUUCCACUGUUCCACCAUACCGUUCUACUGUUCCACCAUAUUGUUCCACACUGUUCCACCAUACGGUCCCACACUGUUCCAUACUGUUCCACUCACUGUUCCUCUCCAGUUUCACUCGUCCACCAUACUGUUCCACUUUUCCACCGUACUGUUCCACACUGUUCCACCAUACUGUUCCACACUGUUCUGGCCACUGUUCCACCAUGCUGUUUCCCUGUUCCACCAUACUUUUCCAAUUUUCCACCUCACUUUUCCACACUGUUCCACCACACUAUGCCACACUGUUUCACUGUUCCAUCAUGCUGUUCUGCACUGUUCCGCCGCAUUGUUUCUCUGUUCCAUUACACUGUUCCACACUGUUCCACCCUACUGUUCCACUGUUCCACCAUACUGUGCCACUGUUCCACUGUUCCACCAUACUGUUCCACUGUUUUACUGUACUGUUCCACAUUUUUUCACCAUACUGUUCCACACUGUUCCACCACACUGUGUAGCACUGUUCUACUGUUCCACUGUUCCACCAUGCUGUUCUCCUGUUGCACCACACUUUUCCACCAAACUGUUUCACAGUACUGUUCCACACUGUUCCACCCCUCUUUUCACGGCGCUGUCGCACGACACUGUUUCACUGCUCCACCAUACAGUUCCACUUUGUUCCACCACACUGUGCCACACUGUUCCACUGUUCCACCAUGGUAUUCUACACUGUUCCACCACGCUGUUCCUCUGUUCCACCACACUGUUCCACACUGUUUCACCACACUGUUCCACUGUUUUACCAUACUGUUCCACCGUCCUGUUCCACACUGAUCCACACUUCCACUCUUCUACCAUACUGUUACUGUUGCACUGUUCCACCAUAUCGUUCCACACUAUUCCACACUGUUCCAUACUAUUAUUCCAGACUAUUUCUUUCCAUGGUGCUUUGCUGCGAGCGGUUCGUGUGAGAGAGAGCUCUGCUGUGAGCUAAUAACUGUAGUUCUUAGAGAUUAUUCAAUGAAAACCAAUUUGCUUGAGCUUCCAAAUGGCUCUAGAGUGUUUUGAGUUGUUUAUGAAACCAACUAAUCAAAUAAUCUUGGCAGCAAGAGAAAAAAACCCACAGGCAUAAAUAGUAGGUAACAGAAGGUAAAACGAUUUUAAGAUAAAAAAAAGCUCUGGUUAAAAGUAUAAAGAUCGACAUAGCGAUGUCAAUAGAUUUGGUGGUUUCUCUCUGAUUCGUCUUUCUUCGUGUUUUUUUUUUCUUUUCGUUAUUAUUUCCAGACAAGUAAUUUUGUCCCCUAUUUUGUUCUGUUAGGUGUGAAAGCUGUGUAGAGACCCUUUUCACACGGCCAUCAGCAGCAUGCCCAGAGUGUAACACAGCUCUAAGGCGAAAUGACUUUAGAAUUCAACAAUUUGAAGAUCUUAUUGUCGAGAAGGAGGUGGACAUAAGGAAAAAGAUUUUGAAGAUGUAAGAAAUGUGUCAUUUCUUCCAAUCAUGUUGAAUGUGAAAAUAAUUGCGGGCGACAGGACGAGCCCAUCAUCCUAAUCUCCAGGUUGUUAUUACGCAUGCGUCGCAUGUGUGUAGCCAGCAUAAGUUUGGACUUCCACUACGAAUGUAUGGAAUGCACAGAACGCACUUUGAUCGCGCGCGUUUGGACUUUCUAUCACUCGUAAUCUGAUCACGCGUGUUUUGACCAUCUGUCACCUUUGAAACCUACGCAAAGCACAGUGAUGGAGCAAAAGCGUUUUGACCCUCGAUCGUUGUCGUUCGCACUCCGUGACCUUUGGUUAUUUCUGGUAAUAAUACUUUCUUAUUAUGCUGAAAAACAAAUUAUGCUCAGACUAUAUAUUUUUAUCAGGAUCAGGAUCGAGAGUUGAGCAGCUUUCACAAACAUUUUGGUACACACACUAAUAAUUAAUUAAUAUUUCAGCGUUUUAUUGAAAUUUGAAGUUGUGAAUAACUGGGAAAAGAGAGUGUCUACUUUUUCCAGAAUCUCUUAAAUCAUGAAAGUGUUGUAAAAUUAAUAAUUUCCAAUCGUAAAAUCAAAAUGUUGGAAAAUAUAGUUCAAUACAGUAUUCUCAGUGCAGUUGUGUGUACAUAUCAACUCUUAUUUUGUUCAUUUCAGCUUAAUAUACAAGUACCAUGUUAUUUUGCUUACUUGUUAAUAGUUAUAACAAGCUUGAGGAAGAUUUCCAGACAGCCACUGAUCCCCUAAGAUCCUACAAUGACUACCUGGAGGAAGUAGAGACUAUAAGUAUGAAUAUAAUGUUAAUAGACACAUGAUUGUUUCCUUCUGAAUGGCAUUUAUUAUUUUUGUAAUGAGAGAAAAAUAUCAAUAUUGGUCGUUUUUAUGCUAGAAACGCUAGAAUGAUCUUCUGUAAAAACUUGACGCAUAAAAGUAGAUGAGAACAUUGAAAAAACGCUGGAGUUUUCUAAAAAAAAAAGGACAAAUUAUUUAACUCUGACUUUUCCAACUCGUUUCUGGUUGAGCUGGGCUUAAGUCCCAGUUGAUGGUGUCCCAUUUGUAUACUACACACUUUUAACUACUGAGACAUUAAAGUCGUCCGUUAAGUGCGACUAAAGGAAACGCUUAGUAGAAGACGUUAAAGUCGUCCGACGUUAAAUGUCUCUGUCAUAUUUACCGUUUUUAUUCUAGUCAGACUAGUCUAGCAUGUAUGUAUACUUUAACAGUCAGACAUCUCAACCAUAUCACAAUUCAAUUUAUUGUUGAACAGGGAUUUUUAAUUAUUGUGAACGAAAAUAACUUGACAUGCAAUGAGAUGGAUCCUGUACGUGUAGUUCUUGUAGUAAGUUGUAUGCCGGCAUUAUAGACAAUAGUUAAGUAGCGGUAUAUCAUGCGACUUUUUUCCUUUCGUUUGAAGUUUGGAAUCUCGCAAAUGGGGAAGAUGUUGAGGAGACAAAGAAACAAGUAGAAAAAUACAAGAAAGACAAUGAAAAUCUAAUAAGGAAAAAUAAUUUUAAGCUGGUAAGUUUAACCAAUUUCUUUUCACCCAGCUUUAAUCUCAUCCACUUACUCACAAUCCGCAGCUCGAGACCCGCACUAUUUACCCGUAACUCGCAUUAUUCGCCUGAAACCCGCGCACCGUUUUUAUCUUGUGGUUCUCGCUUUAUUGUUAACUUGCGCCUUUGGCCGCGUUUAUAUGCAGAAAACCUAUCCCGUGUACUGAGAAGGGUUACCCUCCCAGCUGAGUCAACUUUAGUGAUAUGAGAAAAAUGCUCACAAUUUUUCCCAAGGCAACAGCGCUCGCGCAUGCUCUCAUUGCCUCUCUUUGAUCGAGGCGACCUACCGAGGUAAGCCAAAGCGUUUACAGCUAUCUCGAGAAAGGUAGUGGGAAAAGGUGCACGCGACAAUCCCGAAAGCUAUUGUGUUUGGUUUUGAAUUUACUGUUCUUCGAAGAAAUUUGAAAGAAUCGCUCGAGUGGCCAUGGACGUAUGUUUGCGGGUUCUAAAGGAUAGCAACAAAAGUAGGUUCGACAGCUACAGUGUCUGGAACAGUGUAUUGAUCAUAUCCCACAUUACCUUACGGGAUUGUCGCGUGCACAUUUUCUCGAAAUCGCUGUAUAUGAAGAAAAGUUGGCCCAGUUAGGAGGGUGACCCUACCCACAAAAGCGUGACCCUGCUGAACCAACUUUGUAUUUCUAUUGUAAACAGUCCGCCAAGUUUUGUGAGGAAAUGUAUGGCUCGCCCAGGGUAGCUUAGGUAGGUGGGUGAACCCUCUACCUGGGGCAACAUUUCUUCAUAUACACGUGACCUUAGCCACGCUACUUUUCCAACAUCCGCGUCAUUUCCGUGCUACAUCGGAUAUAAGCAACUCCAGACCAGGGUUGCCUUGCUUAUUGUUUUCUUUUACUAUCUUUGUUUUGUCAGGGGAGAGAAGAAGCUAUCGUUUUUUCCCAGAUUGAGGAAGAACAAAAACAAGCAGAGCUUCGCCGGGCACAAGCAGCCUUAUUAGAGAAACAAGAGAAAAAUAACACGAAGAAAGAAAACGAAGAAUUUCUUGAUAGUCUGGUAACAAAUUUGGCCGAAACAUUUUAUAACCAGUUAUUCGCUUAUCGUCAAUUCGCCUACAGUGUAUCGCUUAAUUGAACUUGAUACUCUUUUUGAAAGAAUAUCAUACGUGCCGGUUAUAGCGAGGGUGCUGGCGUUGUAUUCGUCUUUCAUAGAUCUUGCCCCACCUAAAGUUUCAAGCAAACUACAUGUAGUUUGUUAUUUUUUUACCGCAAACUGCGUUCCAAAGAACCCAGUAGACAAGGUCUCUGCAAGGAGAAUGAAACAUUAAUUUGAAUUCAAACUUCCUUCAAAGUGAUCCGACCAAAACUGGUAAGAGCGUUAUACAGUAACUUCUUAAACUGAGAAGAGGCGGUUCCAUGAAAAGUGAAUUAACCGGCAAUUUAAACCAUAAAAUACAGUGUCCAAUUUUAAUGCAAUCUAGUAGUGUUGCAUAAUGAGCCAAAUGUCAGAAAGUGGACCUGCACAAUAUUCAGUCUUUCUUAUCUUAAAAUAAGAGCCUGUAUUCAUCGAAGUUCCAAAUAUAUUUGGGUAUUGCGCUAGUCUUGUCCUAGUUGAAAAUCGCUUCCAUCUACUUAGUUUAGCUUACAUGUAAGGCCAAGUAACAAAAGCAGUUCUGGUCCGUAAUUCUGUGAAAAAAAAAAGAGGGAGGGAGAGAGAGAGAGCGAGCGGGGCCUUUUUAUUAUCAUUUACGAAAUUUUUUUGUUGUCAAUUGAAUGCUCUCUUUACAAAUUAUUACCCUUCCCUUAAACAAGAGAGAGAACUUCGGUCAAAUAUUAAUAACUGAAACGUCAAAUAUUAAUUAAACACAAAUUUGGUUCAUUUUAAUUGAUGUUACAAUUAUGAUGCGUCAUACGAUAUAUUUCAAUAGGUAGAGUGCAUUAAAACCGUCAAAUGAAUAAUUAUAGGAAUCAGUAUUAAUUUAUUUCAUGAAAAGUAACGCUCGCUACGCGGGCAGUAAUUGGUGUUCAAAGUAGCACCUGCUGGUUUUUGUUCGCUCCACCUUUUCCAAGAGCAAAUACUAACUGGGCCUAAUGAGCCAGUUUUAACUUACAUUUUGUCAUUCUCGCGAGCUAACAAUGUAGAUUAUAUUUCUCUUGCAGACCAAAGGGGACCGUCCUCUGGAAGACAUCAUCGCUGAACAUACUAGCAAGUUGCAGAAAAAGUCUUUAUUGUUUUCAGGAAGCAGCACUCAGUUUUCUACAUCAAAGAAGGUAGGUCCUGAAAAGCUUCUAUCAGCAGACGACGAUGGCUUUGGAAUCUCGCAAAUGGGGAAGAUGUUGAGGAGACAAAGAAACAAGUAGAAAAAUACAAGAAAGACAAUGAAAAUCUAAUAAGGAAAAAUAAUUUUAAGCUGGUAAGUUUAACCAAUUUCUUUUCACCCACCUUUAAUCUCAUCCACUUACUCACAAUCCGCCGCUCGAGACCCGCACUAUUCACCCGUGACCUGUAGUCUUUACCUGCGUUCCACAGUACCUACCCGUAACUCGCAUUAUUUACCUGAAACCCGCGCACUGUUUUUACCUUAUGGUAAAUUACUCACAAUCCGCCGCUCGAGACCCGCACUAUUUACCCGUGACCUGUAGUCUUUACCUGCGUUUCACAGUACCUACCCGUAACUCGCAUUAUUUACCUGAAACCCGCGCACUGUUUUUACCUUAUGGUUCUCGCUUUAUUAUUAACUCGCGCCUUAGGCCUCGUUUAUAUGGACAAAACCAGUCCCGUAUACUGAGAAGGGUUACCCUCCCAGCUGAGUCAACUUUAGUGAGCGUUUAUAUGAGAAAAAUGCUCACUAUUUUGCUGAGGCAACAACGCUCACGCAUGCUCUGAUUGUCUCUCUUUGAUCGAGGCGACCUGGCUGGGUAAGCCAAAGUGUUUACAGCUACCUCGAGAGAGAUUGUGGGUAAAGGUGCAAUCCCAAAGGGAGAAUCCCAAAAGGUUUUGUGGUUGGUUUUGAAUUUAUUGUUCUUCAAAGAAAUUUGAAAGAAUGGUAUGAGAGGCCAUUGAUGUAUGUUUGUGAGUGCUAAAGGAAAGCAAGAAAAGUAGGUUCAACAGCUACAGUGUCAGGAACAGUGUAUUGAUCAUAUCCCAUAUUUACUUACGGGAUUUUCGCGUGCACAUUUUUUCCGACAACUUUUCUCGAAAUCGCUGGAUAUCCCAACCCAGAAAAGGGUGACCCUGCUGAACCAACUUUGUAUUUCUAUUGUGAACAGUCCGUCAAGUUUUGUAACGGAAAUGUAUAGGUGGGUGAACCCUCUACCUGGGGAAACAUUUCUUCAUAUACACGUGACCUUAGCCACGCUAUUUGCCGCCAUCCGCGUCAUUUCCUUGCUACAACGGAUAUAAGCAACUCUAGGGCUGCAUUGCUUACUUUUUUCUUUUACUAUUUUUGUUUUAUCAGGGGAGAGAAGAAGCUAUCGUUUUUUCCCAAAUUGAGGAAGAACAAAAACAAGCAGAGCUUCGCCGGGCCCAAGCAGCCUUAUUGGAGAAACAAGAGAAAAAUAACAAGAAGAAAGAAAACGAAGAAUUUCUUGAUAGUCUGGUAACGAAUUUUGCCGAAACAUUUUAUAACCAGUUAUUCGCUUACCGUCAAUUCGCCUACAGUGUACCACUUAAUUGAACUUGCUACUGUUUUUGCAAGGAAAUCAAACGUGCCGGUUAUAGGGAAGGUGCUGGCGUUGUGUUCCUCUUUCAUAGAUCUUGUCCCACCUAAGGUUUUGAGCAAACUACAUGUAGUUUUUUUUUAUUUUUUCACCGCAAACUGCGUCCUUAAAAACCCAAUAGACAAGGUCUCUGCAAGGAGAAUGAAACAUUAAUUUGAAUUCAAACUUCCUUCAAAGUGAUCCGACCAAAACUGGUAAGAGCGUUAUACAGUAACUUCCUAAACUGAGAAGAGGCGGUUCCAUGAAAAGUGAAUUAACCGGCAAUUUGAACCAUAAAAUACAGUGUCCAAUUUUAAUGCAAUCUAGUAGUGUUGCAUAAUGAGCCAAAUGUCAGAAAAUGGACCUGCACAAUAUUCAGUCUUUCUUAUCUUAAAAUAAGAGCCUGUAUUCAUCGAAGUUCCAAAUAUAUUUGGGUAUUGCGCUAGUCUUGCUCUAGUUGAAAAUCGCUUCCAUCUACUUUUAGCUUACAUGUAAGGGCAAGUAACAAAAGCAGUUCUGGUCCGUAAUUCUGUGAAAAAAAAAGAGGGAGGGAGAGAGAGAGAGCGAGCGGGGCCUUUUUAUUAUAAUUUACGAACUUUUUUUGUUGUCAAUUGAAUGCUCUCUUUACAAAUUAUUACCCUUCCCUGAAACAAGAGAGAGAUCUUCGGUCAAAUAUUAAUAACUGAAACGUCAAAUAUUAAUUAAACACAAAUUUGGUUUAUUUUAAUGGAUGUUACAAUUAUGAUGCGUCAUACGAUAUAUUUCAAUAGGUAGAGUGCAUUAAAACCGUCAAAUGAAUAAUUAUAGGGAUCAGUAUUAAUUUAUUUCAUGAAAAGUAACGCUUGCUACGCGGGCAGUAAUUGGUGCUCAAAGUAGCACCUGCUGGUUUUUGUUCGCUCCACCUUUUCCAAGAGCAAAUACGAACUGGGCCUAAUGAGCCAGUUUUAACUCACAUUUUGUCAUUCUCGCGAGCUAACAAUGUAGAUUGUAUUUCUCUUGCAGACCAAAGGGGACCGUCCUUUGGAAGACAUCAUCGCUGAACAUACUAGCAAGUUGCAGAAAAAGUCUUUAUUGUUUUCAGGAAGCAGCACUCAGUUUUCUACAUCAAAGAAGGUAGGUCCUGAAAAGCUUCUAUCAGCAGACGACGAUGGCGACAACUGUAUGAAUAUUUGAUACGAAAACCGACAACAACUGUGCGAGUGCAUGACGCUUUUGGACACGUCUUUGCCGCCCUUUCUGCAACUACGACCUGGCAUUUGCUUAUACGAAGUUUUCAGACUAUGUAAACGUGAAUCAGACUAUGAGCGGCUUCCCGUUGUUCUUAUUCCAUCGAGCGAAAAUGACCAUGCGUACGACUGAAGGUGUGACAGGGUAGAGGCGCCCUCGUUUCUUGCUUCUCGUGACGCUCGCGCGCGAGUGUACCUUUCUAACUAAAUCUGAGGCAAAAGAGAGACUCCUCACAGUCCGAGCGUGCAUAAACAAUUUUGUCUUUUUCUUUACAAGUUUGUCCACACAGUUCUAUAUACAUUACCUUUAGUACUGGUGAAGAGACUUCGUUUAAUAAUCAAAAAUUGUUUUAGUUGUUCCUUAUUUUCUCAGAACCUUUAUGAUUGAUUGAGCAGUGUUACUAAGAGGAUAAAUAUGAUGUUGGUCAACUGAAGGGGUUAAAUGGUUGAGCGUAUAAACCAGUAAACGUUAUGCGUUCACGAUUUCCGUCGGUUCUCUUGUGAACGAUAGUUCAUAAAAUAAUAAAAUAUCGUUUGCGCGUGAGAAGAACGUCGUAAAAGCAAGUUUCUUUGCAGAUAUAAACUUUAAAAGACUUGUGUUUGUAUAACUUCUGUUCAGACCCUUUGCAAAGUAGAAUGGCGGUAUGUGAUGAUCUGUCCACCUUGUUUUAAGUCUCAGGAGACGUUCGCUCCCUUACCGUCCUUUGAAGGCCCCGCAUUCGUGUACGUUGCUCCAGAGGUAGUGAACGAUGGACCCACUGCCCCAGGAAUGGAGACUCUUGCUGCAAGAGGGUAAGUUCACAUUAAAAAAUAAUAGUGUCUUUUCAUUGGCCGAGUGGUUAGAGCGCUGGCCUUGCAAUUCGAAGGUCCCGGGCUCAAGUCCCACCCUGACCGCUAGCUGGAUAUGUUCACGGUAGUCCCGAGUUCAAAUCCUCGGCCAUUCUUGUAGCCAGUUAGUUUAUCUCCGGCCAGCUGGGAUUCUUUGGCCCUGUUAAAUUCAAUGUGAAUUAUUUGUUUCAGGCAUUUGCUCGGCCCUACUAACAUUAGUGCUAUAAAUACUACCGAGGGUAAAUAAAGGAAUUAUCAUCAUCAUCAUCAUCGUCGUCGUCGUCAUCGACAUCAUCGUCAUCGUUAUUAUUAUUAUUAUUAUUAUUAUUGUUAUUUUUAUUUCUAUUUCUCAAUCACAGGAAGUCACUGCAUUUAUAGAUGUUUAAAGACCUUAAAAUUUUAGCGAACUGAUUCAAUUUCUUCAUUUAAGAAUUCCUGAUCAUUUCAUUUUAUAUUCUGAUGAGCGUUGGACGGUGCCUCGACAUCGGACAGGGUACAGAAAAUUGACUGGCCCCUCAUGAAAGAGCGUGUCAGACUCAAAUCGUGUGUGCCUUGUCUUAAAUACUUGGUUUGAGUCUGAGGAAUUAUGAAGCUGACGACAUGUCUCGCAACUUUUAGGCUUGGGUAAAACGUUCAACAAAAACGUACUACUUGUUUUGCUGAAAACUAUGUUUCGCGUUUUACCACCCACGAUCAAACCUUAUUACAACCUGAUUCGUUGCAGGACAGGUUUGAUUUGGGUGGUAAAUCGCGCAAUAUCGCGGCUAUUCAACUCGUGUUUUAGCAAUGUUGUAAGACAAGUUGCAUGUUUUUCUUUUUGGAUUUGGUUUUUUUUUUUACCCGCUUUUCCGUACAUUUUACUCGUACCUGUUUGUUGUGCUGUGUCCUGUAACGUUAUGUUUCUUUGUUUAGGUACCUGAGGCAUGUGCGCAGCCCUACUGAGGGAGAGAAAGCUGGUGGAUACUCAUCUGAAUUAGCCUGUGGAAGAGCUAUUCAAGAAGCGUUCUCGGCACUCCACUUAGGAGUUGAGCUUUAGCCCAAUUUUUUCAUACGAGAUACUUUGUUGAAUAUUUUUUCUACGACUUGAAAGAUUAUAGGACCACAUCUGGUGAUUCGUUGCAGUUGCGCCCGGAAUGAAUUAGAAUUACAUCCACUAUUUUGACUCAGACAGUAUCCCACCCAAGUGCAACCUUUGUAGGAGUACUCUGUACUUGUGGAUGGUAAAUAAUAAGUUUUGUGAGCUGUUGUAAUUGUUCAUUCGGUAUGAAAAUUAAUCCUGCCCAACACUAGUCUUUAGUGUUAUAAUAAUAUUGUAUUGUCUUAUUUUGUUCUCGAUAAUGAUCGCGUUAUCAAACUCGGUUGAGUUGAAAAGUGCUGAUUGCUGUUUUUCACUUUCACGUUAACAAAAAUGAAGAGAGAAACCAUAACGGCAAUACAUGAAGUCAAGAAUUCACGCGAUGUCGAAAGGAUGGACGGACUGUAUUGACAUGCCGGAGUUGAGAAUUUCUUUCUUUCAAUAUCACUUUCAUGAUUUAAUAGAUUUUUUCAUUACUUAUAAUAACUACCAGAUGAGUUUUAGGUAAUAUUAUUUAUUACAAAAUAACUAAGAUAGUACGCGUGCUCUGAUUGGCCGAGAGGCG